AUGGUAGAAAAUCAAGAUGAAAUAAUAAAAGAAACUGAGACAAAUUUCGAAGAAGAUUUAGAUGAAGAUAAUUAUGAUGAAGAUGAUGGGGAAAUAUAUAUAAAUGAAGAGACAGAACUUGGUCAAGAAACAGUAGUAGUCUCACACCCUCCAGACGAGCGUAUUGUUCCACCUUUAAAUUUUUGUCCCGUCGAAAGAUAUUUAUAUAGAUCAGGUCAACCUUCGCCAGUGAACUUUCCAUUUUUAUUAAAUCUUGAUUUAAAAAAUAUCAUUUGGUUAGCAAAUGAAGAACCACAGGAAUCUCUACUAGAAUUUUGUGACUUUCAUAACAUAUCCCUUCAGUUUGCUGCAAUUAAUCCAGAUGCUGGUGAAGAUGAUAAUCCAUGGGAUGGCCUAACAGAACAUUCAAUUAUUAAUGCAUUACAAACCAUAGUUGAUAGAAAGAGUUAUCCAUUACUUAUAUGCUGUGGUAUGGGUAGACAUAGAACUGGUACUGUGGUAGGUUGUUUGAGGAGGCUAAUGGGAUGGAACUUAGCAAGCGUUUCUGAGGAAUAUAGAAGGUUCACAGGCAGUAGAGGUGGAAGAAUUCUUGUGGAAUUGUUAAUUGAAGCAUUUGAUACCAAACUUGUAAAGAUUGAUCCAGAGACUGCUCCAUUGUGGUUACUGACAGCUUUACAAUAG